AUGCCCAGCAAAACCCCUCACACAAACGGCAAUGAUCCAGUCGAGAAUGGAACACAGGAUAUCGAGAUGAAAGACGAUGCUCCAGCAUCGAAGAAGGGUGGCAAGGGCAAGAAAGUGACCCAAGGCGACGACGAGAUGACGGUCGUUGUGCCUCCAUCGAAAGCUUCAAAGCUAUCGGCGCCACCACCACCAGAUGAUGAGGGAGACGUGGCAAUGGAUGAAGAGACAGCAGCAAGUGAAGUGGAGGCCGGGGUGGAUCCGAUAGCUCUGACCAUUUCGAAUAUCAAGAACGACUUUGUGUUAUUAGAGAAGGCUGUGGCAUUAUUCGAUGCUCGUUUCACCCUGAGAGCUCUGCGAUCAAUUUCUACAAUCCGCAAACACCUGAGCGCCGAUGUCCUGGCACAAGUCAUAACGGAGACAUACCCUGCAUCAAGCUCUGUAGCAAAGAACUUGCUGGCUGCUUUGAACAAGGGGAAUGCUACGUUUAGUAGGCAGACAGCAUCCGAUAUGGAUGUUGAUGGUGACGUCAAGGCGACUGCGAAGAAUGGAUCGAAGAAAGAGGCCAAGGAGAUCAUCCCAGAGAUCGAUGUGUUCCUGGGUAUUCUGGUCCAAGUCCUGUUUGCAGACCAGAAGGAGAACGAGAAGGGAGCGAAAUUCUCUUCUCAACUGGCCAAGCAAAUACACACUCUCAACCGUCGCACACUGGACUCGUUAGCUGCUCGGGCUUACUUCUACUUCUCGCUGUUUGCUGAACAGCUGCAGCCGCUACCACCGUCACCGAACUCGCCAGUUGUAUCUCUCCGCCCAGCGCUUCUUGCAGCUCUUCGAACUGCUGUUCUCAGAAAGGAUAUCGAUACACAAGCUACGGUCAUCGUUCUUCUGCUCCGCAACUACCUUUCAACGUCGCACAUCACUCAAGCCGAUCUCUUGGUAUCCCACACGAAAUUCCCCGAAAACGCGUCGAAUAACCAGGUUGCGAGAUAUCUAUACUAUCUGGGACGAAUUCGCGCAAUUCAGCUCCGUUAUACUGAGGCACACGAGCACCUGACUGCUGCAACUCGCAAGGCCCCCUCGAGUCCAAGCGCAGCUGGCUUCACCCAAACCGCGACAAAGCUCCUUCUUGUCGUGGAAUUACUCAUGGGAGAUAUCCCAGAGAGAGCUACUUUCAGCAUGGCAAGCCUCGAGAGGGCCCUUGCUCCAUACUUAUUACUCGUACAAGCCGUCCGUGUUGGCAACCUCGUUGAUUUCGAGACUUCGAUCAAGCAACAUAGCGAUACUUUCCGACGUGACGGCACAUAUACAUUGAUUCUUAGACUCAGACAGAAUGUUAUCAAGACAGGAAUUCGCAUGAUGUCUCUGUCAUACUCCCGCAUUUCUCUCCGCGACAUCUGCAUUCGCCUUCAUUUGGGAAGCGAGGAGUCGGCCGAGUACAUCGUUGCCAAGGCCAUUAGGGAUGGUGUUAUAGAAGCUACACUGGAUCGUGAGAGAGGUUUCAUGAAGAGCAAGGAGAUUAGCGAUGUCUACGCAACAAGGGAACCUGGGGAGGCUUUCCAUGACCGUAUUCGUGCGUGUCUUGCCCUUCAUGAUGAGAGCAUCAAGGCAAUGCGCUUCCCAAUGAACCAGCACAGGCUCGAGCUGAAGAACGCACAAGAAGCACGCGAGCGCGAGCGCGAGCGCGAGAUGGUGAAGGAGAUCCAAGACGGGGAUUUGGACGAGGACGAUCUGGGUGGUGAGUUUGAGGGCAUGUAA